UAUAUUAGUAGUAUUAGCAGAGCUGAUAGAUUUGGAUCAGCUAUUCAAGAGGAAAUUAAGCUUUGGUGGUCAUAUGGCAGCAUUUCAGCAGUAUUUUGUGCAGAACUGGCAAUCAAUCCCCGCACAACCCACAGAAUCGGAAAAAACCUCUGCUUGCUUCGAUUGCAGCAUAUGCCUAGACUUCGCACGAGAUCCAGUAGUAACACUAUGCGGGCAUCUCUACUGUUGGCCUUGCAUAUACAAAUGGUUCGAUUCACAAAGAACUUCCCUUUCUUCAGAUGAGCUCCCUCAGUGCCCUGUUUGCAAAGCCGAAAUAUCUGAAAAAACGAUGGUGCCUUUAUAUGGCAGAGGGCAAUCCCUCUCUCAAUCGGAAAACGAGGGAAAAAUUAUACCACCUAGACCACCUGCCCGUGGCAUUAAGGGCCUCACAAACUUGAUCAUUCCUCAACGCCAAUUUCCAGCUCGCGAUUCUUAUCAGAGCCCACAUAAUUUUCAAAAUUCAUACAACAGUUACGAGGGAGAUUCGUCGCCACAGUUUGGUGAGAUGGUUUAUGCUCGAGUGUUUGGUAAUUCACAGAGUUUAUUCACGUACCCUAAUUCGUACAACUCGGUUGUGAGUAGGACACCGAGGCUGAGAAGACAGGAGAUGCAGGCGGACGAAUCUUUGAGCAGAGUUUCGAUUUUCUUGUUCUGUUUUCUUUUGUUGUGCCUUGUUGUAUUUUGAUCUUUAUUUCAAAUCAAGAACUCCUCUCCCUAGUUUGUAAUUUGUAUACACUGUACAGUAAUGACAUAAUUAAAAUGAUAAAUUUUUGCC